AUGGCUACAGCGCGUGCUCAAAAGAAAGUGUCCGCUGCUCCAGUAGUUGAAGAGACGUCUCAAGUGGAAACGCAAGAGGAAACACAGGACGGUGCCCCGCCCGGAAUCCGUGUCAUUACAAUGCUCCAAGAACGCGGCAUCGCAGCGAGUGACGUCAAGAAGCUGCAAGAGGCAGGCUUCCAUACUAUCGACUCGCUUCUUUACGCCCCACGAAAGUCUCUUCUAGCAGUGCGUGGUAUCAGUGAGCAGAAAGCGGAUAAAAUUCUCACAGAAGCUGGAAAAUUCAUGUACAUUGGCUUCACCCUCGCGACGGAAAUUCAUCUGAAACGAUCAGAUUUAAUAUCCUUGACAACUGGAUCUAAGGAACUGGACAAACUACUUAACGGAGGAGUAGAAACUGGUGCUAUCACGGAACUUUUUGGAGAGUUUCGCACCGGAAAAUCGCAACUGUGCCACACCCUAGCUGUGACAUGCCAACUGCCUGUAGAUCAAGGAGGCGCCGAAGGGAAAUGCUUAUUUAUUGACACGGAGGGUACUUUCCGACCGGAAAGGUUGCUCACCAUUGCUGAACGUUUCUCUCUGAACAAAGAAGACGUUCUGAACAAUGUCGGCUAUGCUCGUGCCUACAACACGGACCACCAGUCACAGCUCUUGAUCCAAGCUGCGGCGAUGAUGGCUGAAUCUCGCUACGCUUUGAUCGUUGUCGACAGUGCCACUGCGUUGUACCGCACGGACUACAGUGGUCGUGGGGAGCUGUCUGCGAGGCAGAUGCACUUGGCAAGGUUCUUAAGAAUGCUGCACAGACUCGCAGAUGAAUUCGGCGUAGCGGUUGUUAUUACGAAUCAAGUCGUUGCGCAAGUUGACGGGAUGAAUACUUUCUGUCCGGAUCCGAAGAAACCCAUUGGCGGGAACAUCAUUGCCCACGCAUCCACAACUCGGCUCUACUUCCGAAAGGGAAAAGGCGAAACCCGACUUUGCAAAGUUUACGAUUCUCCGUGUCUUCCGGAGUCGGAAGCAAUGUUUGCCAUCACAGCGGGUGGAGUUGAUGACGCAAAGGAAUGA